AUGGAAAUUGUUCGUAGAUGGGUCCUCAUGAGAGACUGGCUCUGGGAUAGGGAUCGUCUUGGAAAGCCCAGAAGGCCACAAGCUAAACUGCGCAGUAAGGUCAAUGGGAAUUUUGCGACCAAGAACAGUAGCAUGGUUGUAUACUUGAAGUUCGUUCUGGACCUAGUUCCUCAUUUUGAAAGGUUCGAAUUGACUCAAGUCCCUUGCCUAGAAAAUACACAUGUAGACGUCCUUUCAAAAUUGGCCAGCAACAAGGACUUAGAGUUGCUAAAGGUUGUCCCUAUUGAGCACUUAUUAAAGCCCUCCACUUCCGGAGGUAAAGAGGUACUAUGGAUAGAAGGUACCCCAUUAUGGGUGCAGCCUAUCAUCGCCUAUCUGAAGGAUCAAUCACUGUCUGCUUCUAAAAGCGAGGCGCGAAAGUUAAGAGGAAGGGCUGCGCACUUUGUCCUGCAAGAAGAUACUCUUUACAAAAGAGGCUUCGCCUUGCUACUUCUCCGAUGCGUGGGAGGUGAGGAGGCCACAUACAUACUCAGGGAAAUCUAUGAGGGAAUCUGUGAAAAUCACUUCGGAGGAACGGCUCUAGCACACAAGGUUCUCCGUCAAGGCUAUUUCUGGCCGAUCUUGAAAAGGGACGCUUGCGAGUUCGUCAUUCUCCACUCCUUAGUGUCCAACAAUGGGAGACAGUUCGACAAUAGGAAGAUGCGAGAAUUAUGCGACGAGCUAGGCAUAAAGAAGGACUUCUCAAUGCCUCAUCACCCUCAAGCAAACGGACAAGUUGAGGCAGUAAACAAGAUUAUCAAGCACACCCUGAAAAGGAAGCUUGACACAUCAAAAGGGGCUUGGGUGGACGAACUCGCCCUCUGGGCCAUCAGAACAUCUAGCCGAACUGCAAUAGGGAAAACACCAUUCUUGAUGACCUACGGAGCCGAGGCCAUGAGCCCGGUCGAGGUCGGGGUCCCAUCACACCGUCGGAUACACUUCAAUAAGAUUAGCAACGACGAGGCUCAAAUAAGCGAACUCCACCUCCUUGAAGAAAGGAGGGAUGCUUCCUAA